GUAAUGUAUGCAAUGCCUCAUCCCAUCUGGAAUGAAGAGGCUAUGAAUAAUGUAAAAAUCGAUCACAAAGAGCCUUUGACUUUUGGUGAUAGAUUUGCUCAUUUAUUCAUUCAGUCAAUGAGAAUAGGAUUUGAUGUUCUAAGCGGAUAUAGGAAGGUAUUUCCUUGGUAGGACAACAUAAUAUCAGAAAAGAAAUGGAUAAAUAGGGUUCUAUUUUUAGAGACAGUAGCAGGAGUACCAGGAUUUGUUGCAGGAAUGCAUAGACAUUUGAGAUCCUUAAGAGGAAUGAAAAGAGAUUUGGGUUGGAUCCAUACAUUACUAGAGGAGGCAGAAAAUGAGAGAGUCCAUUUAUUGACUUUUCUUACAAUUAAAAAACCAUCAUUAAUUUUUAGAACAGGAGUGAUUUUAGCUUAAUUAUGGUAUGUUGCAUUGUAUUCAAUCGCUUAUAUGAUCCAACCAAGAGUAUGUCAUAGAAUAGUUGGAUAUUUGGAGGAGGAAGCAGUGAAGACUUAUACUCAUAUGAUUGAGGAAAUAGAAAUUGAAGGUAGUUCAAUACAUUCUUGGAAAACUAGACCAGCACAUUAAAAUUCAAUAGACUAUUGGAAACUAUCAGAAAAUGCAACAUUAUUGGAUGUGGUGAAAGCAAUUAGAAAAGAUGAAGAACAUCAUAAAGAAGUAAACCAUAAGUUCGCUGAUGAUUAUACUCAAUAAUCAGAGAAUCCAUUCCCUCCAGGAUAUUGAUUU